AUGUAAAAACACUUGAUUCAUCAACGAUCUCAAUAAUAAAAUUCAUAGGAUAAAAUCAAGAUAUUGUAUUAAUGUAUUGUAGAGAGAAAGCACUUUUUUCUAAAUAAGAAAUAUUAUUUGCAAUUAACUAAUCAAUAUUUAACACUAUGUGAAGUAAGAAUACUAUUUGAACCAAUAGAAACAAAAUCAAUAGAAUCCCAAAUAUAGAUAUGUGCUUAGUUUAGACAAUCUAUUCUCUUGGAUAGUAAAAGAUAACAAAAUUAUAGGAUUUUAACUUCCUUAUUAAGGACAAAUUAAAGAAUUUUUUGGAAACAGUAACGAAAUUUAGAGUUUGAAGAGUAAGAUGGGAUUAUUGGUUUGUUAUGAGAAAAUAGAUAGGUUCUAUAAAAAAGAAGAAAUCAUUUAAUCUGGCUCGUUUGGAUAGGUGUACCUAUAUUUAUUAUUAUUAGGUUACGAAAGAGAUUGAUCGAUUCACAUAGAAAUUAGUUGCUAUUAAAAGAAUUUAGGUUGAGAACAAUCACAGUCCAACAAUAAGAAAUGAGAUAGAGAUUCUUAAGAAACUCAAAGAUUCUUAGAAUGUCUUGAAGAUAUAAGAAAUAUAUAGGGACGAUCACAAUUAUUAUAUUGUAACAGAAUAUAUUCCUGGUUCUAAUCUCAAGUAAAUCUUAGAAUAUAAGCAAAAGCCCUUUUCAUUAUAAGAAUCUUUAAAUAUUAUGGAAGUAAAAAAGUUUGAAAUUUAUUAGUAAAUUUUAACAGGGUUACAGAGUAUUCAUGCUGCUGGAAUUAUCCAUCGAGAUCUUAAGCCAGCUAAUUUGAUGUAUCAUAAGAAUCAAAUAAAAAUUAUUGAUUUUGGUUUAGCAUGCGUAAACGGUAAUUAACUUGAUUAAUAUCCAACUUGUGGUACUGCUGGUUUCUCGGCUCCUGAAGUACUUAAUGCUUGGAAUAAGAAAGCUUAAUAUGAUUUUAAAGUAGAUUUAUUUAGUGUAGGGUGUAUCUUUUACUAAUUGCUGACUUUGGAAAGUUUGUUCAAAGGUGAGAAUGAAAAAGAAACCAUUUACAAUAAUAAAUAGUGUCAAUUCACAAUAAAGGAGACUGGUUCACCAUUUGAUUUAGUUAAAUUAUUUCUAAAAUCAGAUCCAAAAGAAAGAAUUGAUUGUUCCUAAGCUCUCGAAGGAAUUUCAAUAUUGUAAGACUGCAAGAAUUUUGAAAUAAAUUUAUGGUUUCAUCAAAAACUGAAAUAUUACAAGAAGGGAAAAUCUAUUUGUGAGUUAAAUCUUGAGAACCAAAACAAAUACACAAGAUAAUGCAGCUUAACAAGUCUCAAAAUAAAUAACACAGACAAAAUAAAGUCACAAAAUAUAAAUGA